AUGUAUAUUAUCACUCGUAUAAAGUCAUGGUAUAUGUUUAACAUUAUUCCAGUCUACAGUUAUAUUCUAGCUCACGCCAAAUGGACUACCACCAACAACGCAUAUACUUUGUAUGUCACGCGAGAUGCGAAGAAUGAUAAUGUUAUUCCAGUACUAGUUGCUCUUCACGAAGAAGUUAAUUAUGCUAAAAUUUUAAAAACUAUCAAUUUAUGUGCGAUGGUCUACGUAGGGUUUAGGCUCUUGUCCACAGUUCUGAUGAUCUCUAUCAGUGGCCCCUAUAGUCUAAAAGACAACAACGUGUUUGAUGCUGUUGCCAAUUCAUUUUUGGAUUUCAAUACACAGCAAUUUGUGAUCAAUGUCCAAAAUAUCGAAAAAUAUCUUAAUAUGUUUUUAUGA